UUUCGCCCAAGGAGUGAUUUUCACGCGACAUCGAUGGACUUUUCUUUUGCUAUUUGGGUAUCGAUCGUUUUUUUCCCUCACACAGUCUGGCAAACAUCAAGAAAGCCCUUUGGGGUACUUACGACAAUUUUCUCUUAUCCAUUUCUGCGCUAUUUGCAGCACUAUUACUCAAAAAAAACAGUCACUACUCUCAGCAAAAGUCUCUAUAAUCACUUUUCACGCACUUUACGAUUAAUGGAGGGUGAUUUUAGUGUGAAAAAUCUCCAUUUAAUUUGCCGUUUUUUCUUCACAAACACGAGCCCCUUUUGCCAAUUACAAACGUCACCGCACCGCGGCGCUAGUUGAUACGUCAGAGUUUUUGUUUUUGCCCAUUUUGUCAAACUCCUGACAAAGUGGGCAAAUUGUGUUGUUGGCUCAAUCUCACGACAAGGUGCAAGUCUUUACGGAUUUUCUCUCAAUUUUACAGCAUGACGCAACGAUUUUCAGAAAAAUUAACACACAGGAAAUAAUCAUAGUGUUUUCUAAGCAAUUGCCAGUAGUGUCAGAUUGUUGGUAUUGUGGAAAAUAUGGGCAGAAACAUCCUCAAGAGUAGCCUGCAAAAUGCCUCCUUCAGCAUUGUCUUUCAGAUUCUCUGCCGAUGCGUUACUUUUGCCAUCAAUGCGUACAUCGUGAGAUCUGUGGGUCGGGAUGUUCUUGGCAUCAUGAAUGUGAGGCUGCUACUGCUGGAGAGUACGUUGCUGUUUCUAUCACGCGAAGCCACUAGCCGGGCAGCUCUGAGUGCAACGAGCCUGAAGAAAAGCUCGUGCUCUUGGCCACAGCUGAUCAAUCAAAUGUGGCUCACGGUUCCCAUUUGUGCAUUCCUCUGCUUCCCCUUCCUCUACAUUUGGCUCAAUGUACUCUCAUCGGUUGACCCUCAGCUCCAGGAUCAAUACACCUUUGGCUGCUAUGCCAUUGCGGUAUCCUGCGUGAUUGAGAUGUGUGCAGAGGCUCCGGUAUUUCUGGGCCAAGUGUUUUGCUUCGUGAGGCUCAAGGUUAUCCUCGACACUCUUCACAUUUUUGUUAGAUCUGUGGUAUUUAUCGCUAUUGUUACGUCCAACAAAUCCAUCGCUAUUUAUGCUUUUGGAAUAGCACAACUCUCAAGUGCACUCACCAUCAUCCUCGGACAUUACAUCUUCUUCCAUGUCUACACAAAAAAAUUGACAAUCUUCCGUGAGCGUCUGAAAAAGGAGGAGGACAAGGGUGCUCUUCUUAACAAGAUGGGCUCGCAUUUUGAUCACAUGGACGAUUUUCCCUUCACUUCAGUGGGCCAAAUGUUACCCAGAAUUCUGUCGGAAGAAAAAAUUCUCAAUUCAGAUCUUCAAGUUCUCAUUCUCAGCUUCGUGAAGCAGGGAGUGUUGAAGCAGAUCCUCACUGAGGGUGAGAAGUAUGUGAUGUCAGUGAGUCCAGUGCUGUCUUUCAGUGAACAAGCCACAUACGACGUGGUGAACAAUAUGGGCAGCCUGGCUGCUCGAUUCAUCUUCAGGCCCAUCGAGGACAGCAGUUACUUCUACUUUACACAAACUAUCGCUAGAGAUGUGAUGCUGAAGGAGCAGGAGCCGGAAAAAGUGUCUGAGGCCAGCAAAGUAUUAGCCAAUGUCUGCAAAGUUGUCAUGUCCAUUGGACUUGUGGGAUUUGUCUUCGGCCAAAGCUACUCAGGAACUAUUCUCCUGCUCUACGGUGGACGAGAUUUUGUGGCUGGAGGACUUCCGGAAUUGCUCUUAAGGUGGCAUAGCCUAGCCAUUAUUCUGCUAGCGGUCAAUGGCAUCACUGAAGGCUACAUGUUUGCCACGAAUACCAGCAAAGAAAUUGAUGGGUAAGUGAUUUAUUCUUCUAAAAUUUUUCCAUGUUGAUCAUAAAGACUUCAAUUUGAUCAGCUCAAUAUCGAGAUAAGAAAUUUGUUAAAAUUUCAAA